AAGAUAUUUAGAGCAGCCUGAGGCGAGGCAGUGCUUCCGCCUUCUCCUGGCAGUUCUACGAAGGCCUCGGGCCGUGACCUCCCUGAGCGUGGGACGGGGACUGGGGCCGGGACUGUGGGUGGGCAGCGUGCCACCAAGGGCCCCCAGGGCACCCUGGACAGCCCUUCCCGGCAGCCCCCGGGAGCCCCUCCCCCAGCCCAGGUCGCGCGGGGCCCCUUGGAGCAGGCUGCAGCACCCCCAGGUGCCCGGCCCCGGGCGUCAUGGCCACUUUAAGGCGGGCCUGGGGCGUGCGCGCCCACAGCUGCGGGCCGCGAGACCCAUCAGCGCGGCCCGAGCCGGCGUCCGGGACGCGGCGGCUCGGCCGAGCUCCUCCUGCGGCGAGGCUGCCCCAGGACCCGGCACGUGGGCAACAGGCCAUGGCGGCCUCAAUUACCCGCCCGGAGCGCGGCCGAAUCUCUGGCCAGGCAAAAAUAGACCUCUUAUUAGUUGGAGAUGUCACUGUUCAGUACCUGGCUGAUAUUGCACAGAAAUCCUUUUCACAUGUUGCAAAAGUCUCCAUAACCAUCAGAGAUGUGGAGGGGGCAGCAGCACUUCUGGAGAAUUGCCCAUUUGACAUGGUUUUCUUGAAGACGACUUCUUUACCAACUGCUGAUGAGCUGGAAGCUGCCAAAUUAAUUAGAUUUGGCAAGAAGAAAAAUAUACAUUUGCUGUUUGUUUUUAUAACCCCUGAAAACUUUAAAGGUUGUGUUUCAGAGCAUGGAGCUGAUGUUACUUUAAUUGAACCACUGACAAUCGAAAAAAUGAGUAUUGUGGUAAAAUACUGGAAAACAUAUUUCUCAAAUACCGUUAAGAAUGAAUAUUGUGUGAAGCCUGAAGAACCUGGAUUGCCCAUGCAGAACUCCUGCAGUGAACACUUGGGAUAUUUUUCUACUGACCUAUUUGCUUGCUCUGAAUCACUAAGAAGUGAGACUGGGCUUGAAUUAAAGGCUCCAUUGCCAGAGUUUGAGAAAAGCAAAAAGGUUUCUCUUCUUCAUUCAAGCAAAGAAAAGCUGAGAAGAGAACGAAUCAAGUAUUGCUGUGAGCAGCUGCGUACUCUAUUGCCAUAUAUAAAGGGGAGAAAGAAUGAUGCGGCUUCGAUUCUUGAGGCAACAGUUGAUUAUGUGAAGUACGUCCGGGAGAAAAUCCCUCCAGCCAUUAUGGGCCAGAUCACGGAAGUACUUCAGAACAAUAUGAGGUUUUGUAAGAAACAAGUGUCCAUUCAGCCAUCCCUCCCAGGCCCAAUCAUGGCACAAAGGGAAAAUGGUGUAUUGACAAGCACCUAUUCACCUGUGAGAGGGAUCAGAUUCCUGGCUAAUAAGUGUGUGAAUGUGUACUCUGUUCCUGCCUCAGGGGACUCCUUGGAUGAAGCUGUGAGAGGUCAGUCCAGCUCCACUUCAGAGAAUGCAAUUGGUGAUAUGUAUAAAACUCGAAUUCCCAGCAAAGCUCUCUCUCUUAAUUCCUUCCAUGCUGUCAGAUACUAUUCUAAAGUUGUCCCUUCCUAUGAUGCAGCUGCUGUAACAAAUCAGAACAUUUCAGUUCAUUUUCCAUCAGCUGUGCCCAAAGUCUCAAAGUUUCUUCCUCAGCACUACAAUUCUGUGCUGGGCCAGACGUGCUCAACACAUCCCAACUGUCUGGUAAGUCUUCUGGGGUCUUGGAUCAGAUUGGAUUCUUUCAUUCCAGCUCUCAGGGCCCCUGGCUUGCAUUUUGUUAUUAAUACUCUGGUCAGAAGUCUCUUAGACUGGGGCCAGGUGCACUUAACCCAGGCUCUUGUUCCCCAUGCUGCAGGACUGAUAUCUAGAUAUCCAGAAUUAGUGAAUCUGAAUAUGAUGCUGCUGGUGUGACCUUAAGUGGCCAGAUGGGACCUGUUUCCUCUAGAGCCCCUCCCUUCAGCCCCUCUGCUUCUAUGAGGCCACAUCCCAUUUCACCAGCCUCAUCCUCAACCACCCCCCUCACCCCCUGCCAACUGUCUGCUGCUUUAUCUCAUUGGCUGGUAGUAGUCAAUCAGGCUAAAGGAAAACCUGUUCAGCCAACAUAGACCAGGCUGAUUUGAGAUCCCAGAUGUCCUCAUAUCACAAAUAUUUAUUGAGCAUCCACUCUGUUCUAGCAUUGUGCUAAGCACCAAGAAUGUAGUGUAUAGAUAGACAUGAUCCCUGCCUGAGUGUCAUAGGGAAGCAUAGAAGCAGGCAAUUGUGAUCCACGUUGGGGCAUGUAGGAGGAGGACCCUAGUAUAUAUAGUAUAAUCUAGAUUUGGGAGAGGUUAGUGACUGCUCACCCCUGGAAGAAGUACUAUCUAAGCUGAGAUCUGAAGGAUAAGAAUUAGCCCAGUAGAGAGGUCAGGAGUUGGGAGUGAGGAGGGGAAAAGCAUUCUAGGCAGAUGGAUAUAAACAGUGGUAUCUUUUUUUUUUAAUGUUUCAAGUUUUCAUUUAAAUUCUAGUUAGUUAUAUAAACAAUGGUAUCUUUAUUUUU